GCCUGUACUACGAACGGAGUUCAACCUACUUAGAACUAACUCAGGGUUUCCGCGGUAACCCGGGGUUGACUAAACCUGGACAUCUUGAUUGGUCUUAAACGGUACUACGACGCUGAUUAUGAAGUUGAUCAGCUGAACCUGUGUUCACUCAACCAGAGUUACUGCGCGUUCACAUAAAAGGGGUGGUACCAGCGCAAAAAAACACUCUCGAUCAUGGCGCGCUCUCCCUAUUUCACAGAAGAGGAAUGCGAGAUGAUAAUGAGGAGUUAUGAAGAGUAUAAACCGACCCUGGCUGCUAAAUCCAACACCGCGGCAGCAAACAAGGCGCGACUGGGGUGUUGGCAGCAAAUUACAGACCGCGUAAAUUCAGGUACCAGCAGCGCCAAACGGACCUGGCAGCAGGUGAAGAUGAAGUACAAAAACAUCAUUCAGAAUGCCAACAAGAAGAAGGUAGAAAUAAGGCGCACAGGAGGAGGGAGGGCACCAGACUCCUUUACUCUUGCUGAAGAGUUGGCCCUAGCCAACAACAGUGGCAGGGUGAUGAUGGAUGGGGUGGCAGGGGUACAGUCUAACCCUGGGGCAGCUGAAAUGUCCACCCUCUAUGUGCAAGUCGAGGGUGGAAACAUCACAACCCUGCAGCCACCAGGAUGCAUUCAUCCUCUGACACAGGAUGAUGAUGAUGAUGAUGAUGAUGAUGACGAGACCCUCACAGCCCCCUCCGACACACACAUGCAGGAGGACUUGGAGGAGCUUUCCCCUCCUGAAGCCUCCCUCCCAGGGACCUCACAGUCAGACAAAGCCACAGUGGACAAUGUCCGCAGUUUAUACAAGAAAGUGCUGGAGCUAGACCGCACAAAGAAGAGGCUGGAGAUCAGAAAGCUGGAAUUAGAAAUUGAAAAGCUGGAACAUGAGAAGAAGGUAUUGUCUUAUCACUCCAUUAAUAUAUAGGCUACCCACACCCUAUAUGUGUGUCAUUGAUCUGGCUUUUCGUCACCUUUUCUUCUUGCAGGAAAGAGAGUCAUCUAAUAAAUGAAUAAUAUCAGA